GCCGUUACAAACCUUCGGAUUCGGACCCUUUUAAUGUGAAACCCGAUACCCUCUUUCUGCUUCCCUUAGUCGAAUACCUCGAUAAGAUUCUUCGAGGUUCGGGAAUAUUCCGAUGAAGUUGGAGACUGGAAAGCAGGGGACGUCGCCGGAGAUGGAGGAGUACGAUGACGAAGACGAUGAUGAGGUCAUCGACAAGUCUUGUUAUUCGCCUCCGAUGAUUUUCGGACCGGCGAGGGAGGGCGGCGAGGAUCUCUUCGUGCCGCCGCUUAACUUUGCGAUGGUGGACAACGGCGUAUUCCGCUCGGGAUUCCCGGACGUGGCCAAUUUCAGCUUCUUGCAGACACUCAAGAUCCGCAGCGUUCUUUUCAGAUGCUUGUGUCCUGAGCCGUAUCCAGAGGCGAAUUGGGAGUUCCUGAGGUCGAAUGGAAUCAGAUUGUUCCAGCUUGGGAUUGAAGGAGGCAAGGUAUUGUUGGUUAAGUCGUUAAUAGGAUGAAUUGUGACAUUGGGGAUGGUUCUUUAUGAUGAAUUGCUUAUGUUACUUUUGAUAACUUAAUUAGCGUUGCUCAGAUAUGAUUUAUGGUUGCUGGUAUUAAGUGCUUUAAGAUAUUAGUACCUUUUAUAAGGGGAAUUCUUAUUCUGCGUUCAUAGCUGUGAGAUUAGAAUACCGAACCGGCCUUUUCUUGUGAAAGGCGCAUGGUGAUACUCAUCUUGUUUUUUAUUCUGUUGUAUGGAUAUAUGGGAUUAAUUAAGCCAAUAUAGUUGAUGCAA